AUGUGCGCACACUUGGCUCUGCCUCCCUACCAGGCGUACCCCAGCGGGACUGGCAUGGGGUACCUGGAGUUUUACUGGAACUCGGCGGGGGAGGCAGGGCACCCUCCCACAUCGUCCGGGCCAGCGGGAGCCGACAGUGCCAGGCAGUCUCCGGAGGUAGGAGGGAAGAGGCACACAGCAGAAAUAUCCCCAGCUUCAUCCAGUUCUGGGAAUUUCAGCCAAUUCACACCAGAUUCAGCCACCAGUCCACAUUCGUCAUCCUUGUCCCCACAACCUACAGCUAAGUCUCAGAAGGGCAGAGAAUGUGGCGUGGAGGGCAUAAGGAAGACCAAGAGCCGUACAGCUUUCUCCAAGGAGCAGCUGCAAACCCUGCACCAGCGGUUCCAGAGCCAGAAGUACCUCAGCCCGCAGCAGAUCCGGGAGCUGGCUGUUGCCCUGGGGCUCACCUACAAGCAGGUGAAAACUUGGUUCCAGAAUCGGAGAAUGAAGCUGAAACGGUGCCAGAAGCACAGCCUGUGGACUGAACGGGCUCAGUGCCUCACACAAAGUGGCUUCCAGACCAGUAGUUACCUGGAUGUGCACCCCAAAUUCCACCAGGGCUAUCCAAUCACUGCAGCUGCCAACGUCCAAACCACGCCUGCCCCCCGUCAGCACUAUGGGUCAGGACAGAACGCUUACACAGUUGUGACCAGCGAGGACGGAGGAGUCUUUGGCAAAGGCGGAGGUACCUGCAGUAUCCAGCAGACAGUGGGCUUCCUCGCCCAGCACAAAGUAGACUUUUACCACAGCUAUCCUGGCAGUGUGGAAUAUCCAGGCUCAAAGACAGGUGAUGGCUGUAAUUUUCACCACUCAGCCACCAUGGGGGUUCCUUUCCCAACCACUGCUGGCCACCAUCUCUAUCAUUCCUAA